GCUUUGGCUUCCUUAGUGCCUUCGCUUCCGCUUCCUGCCUUCGCUUCAGCUCCCUUCACAGAAACUGAAACGAAGACAUUUCAAAGUGAAAUUGAUAAAGUCUUUUCUGGGUGCCUGCCUUCUUCUUUUCUAUGUAAUUUGAAUUUGAAUGAACGCGGUAAAAGCUGCACGUACUUUAAUUUUUUUUAUAUAUAGUCAAGAAUUGAAAGCGAGUCGAUUGUGAAAAGAGAGGAAGGAGAUCAUAUGAAGGUGAUGGAGAGCUACUUGAAUGAGAACUUUGGGGGAGUCAAGGCCAAGCAUUCCUCGCAUGAGGUUUUGCAAAAGUGGAGGGAGGUUUGCAGCGUUGUCAAGAACCCCAAGCGGAGGUUCCCAUUUACUGCCAAUCUCUCCAAGCGUUACGAGGCCGAUGCCAUGCGCAAAACCAAUCAGGUGGCGAAACACGGAGCUGAUGCCCUAAUUCUGGAUGAUACUUUCUCAUCAAUUGUUGCUGGAGUCAAAUGGGGAUGUUCAGCUUACAUAUAUAAUAUUCAGAAAUUUGCUGAGUUUCAGUUGAAAAACGUGCUCCCUCUGAUUGUUUACUUUUCUUCAGCUUGUUUGACAGGGAAUGCGCAACUUACAGCUGUUCUGCUAUUGAUACUGGGAGCACUUGCUAAAAAACCUAUGUCCAAACGAAUUCUGUCAUUCUUCAUCUUGAUGGGUCUAGUGUUCUUUCUAGAAAUCCAGGUCGUGGAAGGAAGGGGUUUGAAGGCUGUUUCAGAUGUUAAAGCGUCUCCAUCACUGACCUCAUUCAAGGAGAUGUUCUCUGCCGAAAAGAAAGUAGACCCGGUGCUCUAUACUCCACCGUCGGCGGCUCGUCCACCUCACCACUAGUAUUUCUAACCCUGCUAGGCUAAGUGGUUGGCGUGUUUUGGGCAUCUUGGAUCCUGGGUAUCAAUGUGUGGAGUUUUUAAACAAAGAAUUGCAUACUGG